AUGCAAGUGCCAGAAGUACUUUGCAAUAACACAUACCGGUACUUGUGGAGGCUCCCCUUGGAACAAAACGGUCACCGGCCAUCGGCCCUGGGCCCAGACCAGAAACCUCCCCCUCCCCUCCGUGCCUUCUCCGACCCCCCCGAGAUUGGGAACGGGCCUCCCGGUGCGUUGGCAGACUGGAUCUGGAGUACUUGGGUACCUCUGGGCAGGUAUCUUUCUUCACCUCAUGUUCUCAAUUGGGCAUGGCUCAGGUACAUCCAUCUUGUACCUCUUGUUCCUUCUCCCGAGUCCGCCAAGAGACAAUCGGAAGGGUCCAAAGUCGGGAAUGGCGGCCCAAGAAACCUCAUCCGGAGACACCUCACCAUCCUCGCAUGCGCUGUCGUCAGGACCGCACGUGAGGUCAUCGCAACGCGGGGCUCCCUCAGUUGCGCGAGUCCUUGGUGGUUCUUCUCAUUUCCCUCUUUCAGACUCGACACCUCAGGAUUGUGUUACCUCCUGAACACCUCGGGACAUCAUCUCAGGAGUCAAACGAUACCUGCCCCAUGGAUCCCUCAUGGACACCAGAAGAAGUCGCCAGAAGGCGGUCGACGACCCCUUGGCACCAUCAUUGGCUCGUUGCCCGGGUCAUGA